UCUCAUGUUUCACAGCUUGCGUUCUACGUGUGUUUGAGGUCUCACUCAGACCGGCUAAAACACGUUACCAUCGACAGAAGCCAUACAAGAGUGAAAAAAUAUUCAUAGCCAAGAGUGUUUGACGAAGGAAGAAAACAAGAGAAAGUUUGCAGAUUUCCAGAACCCUGUCCAGGCUGAUUCUUCUGUUGAGACGACAGAGAAAUGGCCAUACCGACCAUGUCUCGCUCCAGCAGGCUUACAGAGGUGUCUACACUGGUUUAUCUGGAUGAAGGGACCUCGACGUCAGGCACAGAGUGUGGAGAGGCGCCUGAACUUCAGCCAGUGGGUGUAGAAGACACUAGAAUAUCAAACAUCAUGCCGAGGGGUGAGGAAUAUCAAACGUCUGUCUUUACAAGUACAGAAGACAACAAUAUCCAGUCGUGCAUCAGCAACAGGUCAGAUGCAUCAAGUGAGAGAGAGAAGAAAGCUGCGUCCUGCUGCUUCAGGAAACGUCACAGGAAACGCAGAACAGAGAUUGAAGACAUGAAGAAAAGAAGGGAAACGUAUAGAAAAUACAGAGCAAGAAAGAAAGGAAAUGCUCCGGUCGAUUCAGACCAGAAGAGCAACAGCUUCUCACGAUGCUCCUCAACACCAGAGCGUCUAUCCCAACCUCAGCAGAUCUCCCAUGUGUGGGAUUGUCCUCAGGAUGUUGGCAUUUCCCGUUUAUGUCUUCACAGGCUGGAGGUUGACUUUCCUUCUACCUUUGAGUCUCGCAGCUCGAUAUCUGGCAGUGUGGAACCAAACUUGGACUCUGAGUUUGAGUAUAUUUACGCUGAGAGCAUCAAGGGAUGCGACUCUUCUUGUCACACUACUCCAGUUGACUGUGAUACUCACAAUACCCUUGUCAAAACUGAUAUGUGUAAUGAACAAGACCCUGUAUAUGUCUGGAACAGCUUUGAUGAAGAAUCUGAAGAUUUGUACGUCUCGAGUAACCUGCCUGGUUGCAGUAUAGAAGCUACAGCAGGUUCUGGAUAUUCCUGCUAUACUUCCAGGUUGAAUGCUGAUCGCUUUGGGUCAUUCAUAGAUGACUUUGACUUCAAUUCGACUUGUAUUUACACAGACUGGGAUCGGAGAGCCGACCACCGUGACAGUCUCAUCGAGGCGGAGUGGGGUUCAGCUUCAUCUAGAUUGAACUACAGCUCUGAGACUUCAUGCUACACCACAGACUGUAACACGGACAGACAAACAAGCAGCUCAGAUUCAGACAGCUGUGGUUUGGAGGGUGUUGGCGGCAUAAAAUUCCCUGAAGUGUUUUUGCCAGGUUGCUUUGAUGCUCUACGUACAUUUGAAGACAUCUGCAGCGACUCAGAAAGCGAUUCGGAGUCUUCCAUUUCAGGGUUUUGCUCCAAACUGGAAACAGGUGAACUGUGGGGCGUUGUGACUCAAACGGACCGUUGGCAUUUCUCUGAAUUUUUCGGUAAAAUGGUUAAAGAAGUAACGAAGGAGAAAGACAUGAAUGUGAACGAGGGGUUUCUCUUCCACCCUAAGCAGUUCCUCCAGGUGAAAAACUCAGAAUAUCGAGAGGGUCGUGAAUAUUCACUUCUCCGCCACAUUCAAAACGGAUCCUAUGGAGACGUCUUCAGUAUUCGGGACAAACAAACAGGAUUUACAUGUGCCGCCAAGAGGAUUCCCCUUUGUAGUUUUAGGUGGGAGGAAGUAGAAACAUGGAGCAGGAUGGAGUCUCCUUGUGUCCUCCAGCUGUAUGGAGCCGUGAGAGAAGGACCCAAUGUGAUUCUCUUCAUGGACCUGAAAAGAGGUUCUUUAGCUCAGUUGCUGAGAGCGAGGGGUCGUCUGUCUGAAGAACUGGCUCUGUAUUAUCAUUCUCAGGUGCUGCAGGCUCUCAAACACCUGCACAGCAGACGUGUCGUACACCUUGAUGUGAAAGUUGACAACGUGUUGCUGUCUGAGGAUGGCAGACAGUGUUUUCUGUGUGAUUUUGGGCUCUCUGAGACACUCAAUCAGGGCGGAUACAGCAUCAAAACCUUCAGAGGGAACAUUCUCCGUGGCACUGAGUCUCAUAUGCCUCCAGAGGUGGCGAGGGGCGACCCUCGCUCUGCUAAAGCUGACGUCUGGAGCAGCUGCUGUAUGUUACUGCACAUGCUCAAUGGACACCAGCCCUGGACACGAUACUAUCCUCAUCCCCUCUAUCUGAAGAUUGUUAGUGAGCCCCCUCCUUUAUGGGAGAUUCCACCUGACUGUGACCCCCUGACCUGUGAUGUCAUCAAAGGGGGACUGGUUAAGGAGCCGGGAGAGAGACACUCAGCAUCCGAACUGCUGCAAAAAACUGUUAAAGCACUCAGAACAGUAUGUGGGCUCUCUGGGCCUGAAGCAUCAGCCGAACAACGUUCAGCACCUCCAUUCGAAGACUGUCUAAAUGGGAGCUUGCAUGAGUCUUCUGUCCCAUCCAUCCCAAAAACUCCAGAAUCUACCAUGACAACAAAGCCUCCUAGCUUCCCAGAAGACCUCUCAGCACCCACAAUCCACUGGGUGAGCACAUGGAGACAGACGGCACCAAACGAGGAUGAUUCUGACUCAGAGGAAAGCGAGUGGGAUGAGGAUGCAGAUGUGAACAAACUAACAAGAGACAAGACGUGCAGCUGGAUGGACAGAUACUGGGGUGAGGAACAUAAUGAGCAACGAAACUAUUCAGACAAUGACAGAGAACUUGAAUCUGAUGAAGAGAGACAGAUCAACAAACAUCUGACGGAUGCUGAAGCUGAUCAUUUCAUGGAAAAGAGAGUUGUGUUUGGAGGAUGUGGCGAAUAUGAUAGAAGUCUUUUAGAAGAGUCACAGAGCUGGAAUGGAGAGAUCCGAAGCUUUGUGGAUGAUGAUGAAGAGGUGGAGAGUGAUUUGGAGAGUCUUCGAGAGCUGGGAAGCGAUUGGGCACAAGAGUGGGAACCGUUUCUACAGCUCCAGACACUUUAUUGCCCGAAAGAAGCUCAACUGCAUAGUGAAGAAGUCAGCUACUCUGAGUCUGAGGAAGAGUCGGUCAUGCUGAGGAAGAGCGAACAAAAAGGCAUGUGCUUACCUGAUUCUCACGGACUGCAACCUCUCACCUGCACCAGCCGCUGUGACUCUGAGCAAGAUCUUAGUGAGGAGGACUCUGAUGAUUUAAGCUCAGGGGUCUUCUCCUCCUGCAGCACCGCAGAUGAUCAAAGUUUCAAUGUGGAUUGGUCGGUGUCAACUGAUCAGACGCCUUCUUGCUACUUUGAAGGUCUUGGCGUGGAUAUAUGGGUGGAAGAUGUAAGUGGAGAGAGUUUAAAGAUCAGAGAAAGGCCACAGGUGAAAAUCGGACACAUUGCUGUGGGAAUCAGUGAACAGAUAUCUUUGAGGACCUUCAGUUUGGCCACCCUGGAUGGGCGGCUGGUGUCUCCGGACACAGAAGUGUGUGAGUCGGGCAUGUGGCUGCAGUGUGUCCCUGCUCCUGACGGCAAUCCCAGCUGGGAUUGGAGAGUCCGAGAUGGGAAAUUAGAGCUGCAAGAAUAUGAUGGACAUUCAGACAGCUGCUCAACACUGGCACUCUAGCAAAAGUGACUACUACAAACAAACAGAACUAGAGUUGUGUACAUCUCUUUCUAUUCAUUUGUAUGUUUACUUCAUUUGUCACUUAUGCAUUUGUGUUGGAUUGAAUUCAAUCCUAAUGUGUCAGAUUAUACAAUUAUUUUGGCGCAAAUGUACAGGUACAUUUUAAAUUUGUUGUAUUUAUAGUUACUGUUAUGAAGACAACACUGUUUAACUCUAAUCUUAUAGUCAAUAUUAAAAUAUACACAGACACACCGUUUAAGAAAAUACUCAAUACUUUUAUAUAAAAUACAUAC